GCGCCAGGCAGUCUUCUCUUCUUCCUUCACUGCGUCCACGAUGGUUUCUCAAGACUUCGCAGCCAGAUGUCAUCCGACCUUCAAUACUCCAGGCGCCGACGCCGUUCUAUCUUCGCUAGACGAUACUUUAUACCGACUGCCAUCAUUCGUCUUGCGAAGGUCGACCGCGUUCUUCGCUUCGAGCUCCUUCACUUUCGGACGAGACAGCGAGCCGAUCCCCAUCCAUGAACACGAUGUUGUCUUGGAGCGACUGCUACGUAUUAUCAGCGGGCUCGAGAUCCCGCCUUGGCGCAAAUUUGAUGACCUCGAGGGUGUGCUCAGCCUAGCUGAUGCCUGGGGAGCCAGAAGUGCGGUGGACAUUAUACGCGCAUCUAUCACUGCCCCCGUGUUCCUGAGAGAACCACUCCGGGUGUAUGCGAUAGCAACUAGAUUUGGGUGGGAGGAGGAAGCGGAGCUCGCGUCGAAACAUACUCUAUCCUUGUCUCUCCACGAGGAGCAGUACCAGGAGGCGCUGCAGCGGAUCCCGACGCGGUCGUUGGUCAAGUUGUUCAAGCUGCACCGGAAGCGGAGGGAUGAGUUUCAGAUGGGUAUGGCAUGGGACGCGAGUUGUAAGGGGUGUGGUGAGUCUGUCGACGGGUCGGCGUGGACGGCGCUUGUGUGGAAGAUGUUCUGGGAAAUGGAUGCGAAGUCGUCGGGGGAUAGGCUUUGUUCGUUGGAGGUUGAGGAGUGGCCGGAAAUGCUGGCAUGUUCGGAGGUGAAAUGUGCUGGAUGUGGAAUGGCGGUAUAUGAUAGAUUGGAGGUGAUGGAGAGGGUGAGGAAGUGUUUGGCUGAUUUGCCGGAUACGAUAUAGACGG